AGGCUGGAAGUGUUUGGUUUGAUGAAAUCAGGAAGUUGACGUUUUUCCUUUGCAAUCCGUGCUUAUGAGUGUUCCUUCGGCUAUUUUGUCUUCGGUUAAACUUUCACUUGUGGAUGUACCGAAGUUUAGCCUGUUCAAUGCUUUAGAAGCGCAAAAUCAGUACCAUUCGACAGUGCGUGAACACUGCGGACAAUGCGCCCAUCUCUGACCAGUGUCUUCCACCACAGCAGUGACUCAGACUGGGACCAGUCCCACUGACCACCACCAUCCUGUGCUGGUGCUAGUUCAGUCCUGCCCUGCUGUGGAGGAGGAGGCAUGUCCUACUGGUCAGUCGGCCUCUCCAAGGCCACUGGAGACACACAGAGCAACAACAUGGAGGAACAAGAGAAACACGAUCUUGAACAAGAUGGUUCUUUGGCAGUGGAGAACAUGGGAGCCAAGGCGUCUGCGAUGGGCAGCGGUGGAGCCUCCUCUCUGGGUCCGUCUCCAACCCUGGAGAACAUCCAGGCAGCGUACGGGGAAGGGGAGAGCAGCAGGGCCCGGGAGCUGAUCCAGCAAGCCUGCUGUGUGGAGUGUAGUGCAGCUAGUCCUCGGCUGGAGGGGCUGCGUCUCCUGUGUGUGGCCACCCAGCAUGGUGAUGAGGAGAGCGUGAGUUACCUCCUCCAUGAGGCCCAUGUGCCCCUGCCCCUGGAGCCAUCGGAGGGGAACCCCGCCAUCCUGGCUGCACACUAUGGACAUGUCAGCCUGGUCAGAGAGCUGCUCGACUCAGUACCAGGUCCGUUUGUCCACAGAGAUCUGUUGAACUGGAUGUUGGUGUCGGCGUGCCAACAGGGUCACCUGGAGGUGGUUAGAAUGUUGGUACAGGGUUACCAUGCCGACGCUGAGGACUGUGCCAUCCACCAGGAGGAGUUUGCUGUCAUCACGGGGCUGCCUCUCUACGCUGCUGCACGCGCAGGUAAUGAGGAGAUAGCUAGAUUCCUGCUGCAGAAUGGCGCUGGGCUGUCCUCCUACACCCUGAUGGAUUAUCCAGCCUUCAGCAGACUGCUCGUUGAACAACGACUGGUAGAAGAAGCAGACACACACACAGAACCAGCGGGAGAAAAGCUACUAUGUGGCCGUUGGUCAGGUCUGAAGCUGCCGUGGUUGGAGCUGGACUGGUUCAUGGACGUGUCGUCCCGUAUCUCCCACCUGGACCUGUCCUGUAACAGCCUCAGCUCCCUGCCCUCCGUGGUUCCCUGGGGGCUCAUACAGCUCCGGACCCUAGACCUCUCCAACAACCGGUUCAAAGAGCUGCACACAGCACAGAGCUCACAGGAGAUCAUCUGCUCCAGACUUCGCCAGGUGAAUCUGUCUCAGAAUGAGUUGACCAGUUUGCCGUCCGGACUGCUCCAUCUCACCAGAGUCCAGAGGCUCUCUGCUGCUAAGAACAAGCUCACCUCCCUGUUUGACAUUCCUAAUGGUACUAACUGGAUAGGUCUGCGUAAGCUGGAGGAGCUGGAUGUGUCUGACAACUGUCUGACCAGUCUUCCCUCUGCUGUUCUUCACUCUUUCAAAUCCCUCACUUCCCUCAAAGUCUGCCGGAACAGACUCACCAGCUUCCCUGACCCCUGGGCCUGCCCUCUGAAGCAAUGUCGAGCCUCAUCCAACGCCAUCGAGAGUCUUCCCAAUACCAUCUCCAUCUUCUGGAGAACUCAGCUGCAGGAGGUGGAUUUCUCAGACAACGUCAUCAAGGAGCUGCCCUCCUAUAUAUUCGAGCUGGAGGCCCUGGUCUCUCUCAGACUGUGUAGGAAUCAGAUCUCCACUCUCCCGGCACCCAACAAGUGGAAAUGCUCUCUGCUCAGAACCCUUGACCUCUCCAAGAACCAUCUGGGCAAGACUGAGGAGGGACCCAAAACCAGGAAGCUGGCCUUCCUGACCACAUGGCACCGGAGAGACCCGGACCCAGUAUGCCCAAUCGAGUUUCCAGUAAUUUUGCGGGAUGCUUUGGAAGUGCUUUCCUUGAACGACAACCAGCUGGAGUGUGUGCCCCAGUCCGUGUGUGGCCUGAGAAACCUCAUGGAGCUCUACCUCUCCAAUAAUCCAGGUAUUCGGGAGCUUCCAGCUGAGUUGGGGCAGCUCUCUAACCUGUGGCAGUUGGACAUUGAGGACCUCAACAUCACUAAUGUUCCCCAGGACAUCAGGAAAGAAGGUCCAGCAUCAGUGCUGUCCUUCCUCCGAGCCCACCUACGGAAGGCGGAGCCCUGUAAACUGCUGAAGCUUCUUGUGAUUGGUCCUCCUCGGCAGGGAAAGACAGCCCUCCUGGAGGCGUUGCAGACAGGCAGGACCUCCCCUUUCUCCCCUGCAGAACGAAACAUCAGCACAGCUACUUGGGAACUGGACAGACCCAAUGGGGUUAAAGCUAGCGCGGACUCCGUGGCGUUCAACGUGUGGGACAUCGGCGGACCGGCCAACAUGUCCACGGUCAACCAGUGUUUCUUCACAGACAAGGCCCUGUACGUCGUCAUAUGGAACCUAGCUCUGGGAGAGGAGGCUGUAGCCAGUCUACAGUCCUGGCUGCUUAACAUUGAGGCGCGUGCCCCUAACUCUGCGGUGGUGGUGGUGGGCACCCACCUGGACCUGAUCGACACCAAGUUCCGUACAGAGCGGGUGGCCACUCUGAGGGCCUACAUCCUGGCACUAUGCAGGUCUCCAUCAGGCGCCAGGGCCAGUGGCUACCCAGACAUCACCUGGAAACACCUGCAUGAGGUAUCGUGUAAGACCCAGGAGGGUCUGGAUGGUCUGAAGAGGUUGAUCUUCCAGGUGGCCUGCUACAUGAAGGACAACAGCAGCAGUUCAGCUAGCGGACACAAGCUGCUGGGCAGACUGAUCCCAAAGAGCUACCUUACACUGCAGCAAGCGGUGCUAGAUGAGCGGGGUCGGCGGGACGCAGAAGACGAGGUCCAGUACCUGACAGACGCACAGCUGGACCUCGUCAUAGAGCAGAACCCAGGAAGUGACAUCAGAGACUACGAGGACCUGCAGACCGCCAUCAGCUUCCUGAUCGAGACAGGCACCAUCCUCCACUUCCCAGACACCAGUCACGGCCUGUGUACCCUCUACUUCCUCUGUCCCGUGUGGCUGUCGGACUGUCUGGAACGGAUCAUCCACUUGAAGAGCUCCCGAUCGGUGGCCUGGAACGGGGUGAUCCGAGCGGAGGAUCUGCGCAUGCUCCUGGUGGGAACGGGCUUCACCCAGCAGACGGAGGAGCAGUACUUCCAGUUUCUGGCCAAGUUUGAGAUUGCUCUGCCUGUGGCCAGCGAUAGUUACCUCCUCCCCCACCUCCUUCCUCCUAAACCUGCUAUGGACAUUCAUGGUUUCCGUCAAGAGACCGCCAACUCCAUCCAGCGCCUCUUCAAGAUGAGCUUCGUGCCGGCGGGAUUCUGGGAACGCUUCAUCGCCCGCAUGCUCAUCAGCCUCAACGAGAUGGACCUCCAGUCCUUUGAGCCUAAGAGGAAUGCUAAGAGUGAGCGGAGGAGGACCACGGUGAUCUACAGUUUUGCGGGAACAGGUAGCCAGAGGCACCGCUGUAGCACCUUCAGAGUCCGCCGCAGUCAGACCAUCUACUGGAGAGAGGGACUACUGGUCACCUUUGAUGGAGGGUAUCUAAGUGUGGAAUCGACUGAUGUCAACUGGAAGAGGAAGAAAAGCGGGGGCAUCAAGAUCAUUUGCCAAUCAGAGACCAGGGAUUUUUCAGCCAUGGCCUUCAUUACGGACCAUGUCAAUUCCCUCAUCGAACAGUGGUUCCCUGCCUUGACGGCCAGUGAGAGUGAUGGGACCCGAUUGAUUGAGCAGUACGCCCCCUGUCCCCAGUGUUCCUCCAUGAGCAGACAGAACCAGGGGCCUGGGGAUCUGGGUGAACCCCCAACCAGGGGGACUGCAGCUGGGAGAAGAGGAGGAGAAGGCAGAGAAAAAGGGGGAGGAAGAGGAGGGCACUUCUUCAACAUGGAGGACUGUGUGAUCGCUGCCAUGGGCCAGGAGUACAUAGUGUGUCCCCAGCACACCAACCAGCCUGUGCCCCUUCAGGAGCUGGUCCCAGAGCUUUUCAUGACCGACUUCCCCUCACGGUUGUUCCUAGAGAAGGCCCAGUUGGAGUGUAGUGAGGAGGAGAGUGAUAUCCUGGGCCAGGGGGGCAGUGGAACUAUCAUCUAUAGAGCCUGUUACCGUGGCCAACCAGUCGCCAUCAAACGCUUUCACUUCAAGAAGUGCAGGCAGCAGACCAUCAGCAGUGGUACAGACACCAUGAUGAAGCAUUUUCAGUCCAUGGACGCGUGCCGGAGCUUCUCAGAGUUCCGUCAGGAGACCAGCAUGCUCCACUCCCUACAGCACCCGUGCAUCGUGCUGCUGGUGGGAAUCAGUAUUCACCCGCUCUGCUUCGCCCUGCAGCUGGCUCCCCUGGGCAGCCUCAACAUUGUGCUGGAGGACAGACAUAAAGGCUCCAGGUACAUGCCCCUGGGUCACAUGCUCACCUUCAAGGCAGCCUAUCAGAUUGCAGCGGGCCUGGCCUACCUGCACAGGAAGAACAUCAUCUUCUGUGACCUCAAGUCAGACAACAUCCUGGUAUGGUCCCUGGAGGUGUGUGACCCGGUGAAUAUCAAGCUGUCAGACUACGGCAUCUCGCGCCAGUCCUUCCACGAGGGGGCACUGGGUGUGGAGGGCACGCCGGGCUACCAGGCCCCCGAGAUACGCCCAGGCAUCGUUUAUGAUGAGAAGGUGGAUAUGUUCUCGUAUGGGAUGGUUGUGUAUGAGUUGCUGUCAGGUUGUAGGCCUGCGUUGGGCCAGCACCAGCUCCAGAUAGCUAAGAAGCUGUCUAAAGGGAUCCGUCCCACCCUGGGACACCCAGAGGAAGUCCAGUUCCACUGUCUGCAUGGCCUGAUGAUCGAGUGCUGGGACACUAAGCCUGAGAAGAGGCCCCUGGCCAUGCAGUGUGUGAGGCAGAUGCAGGAGCCCAGUUUCCCAUGUCUGAAGUACCUGCUGGCCUGUGACACACACUCCCAGCUCUUCCUGUCUCACUUGCAGGGACACAGCGCUGUGUUCUGGGACGGGGACAAGGAUGACAGGAACUACAGUGUGGUGAACGUAGAGACGGGUCAGGUAGAGGUGAAGAGGAUGCCGUGUCCAGGAACCAGGCUGAGCUGUCAGAUGAAGAUGGAUAACACCUUAUGGACCGCCACAGAGGAGCAGGAAGUGUUCAUCUACAGUCUAAAGGAGAUGUGUCCACUGAGCCAGCCCCAGAAACAGAUCUCCUGUCCUGCUAUAGUCACCUGUCUGUUCCCCGUGCCCGCCAGAGACCAGCAGACCCAGGCGUGUGUCUUCAUGGGGAUGUCAGACGGUCUGGUGGCAGUGUACUCUCUAAUGGAUGACAUGCCUGUGGAAGGAGAGACCUACCUGUGUUCUCACACCCUCAAUAUGACCAUGUUUGGGAUGGAGGACUCUGACCCCAGACAGAGACCCUACCCAGUCAGGAGCAUGGUCCUGGUCCACAGUGGAUCCCAGCUGUGGUACACCCAUGGUCCAGGCCUGCUGGUGAUCGACUGCCGGACCCUCCAGGCGGUGCAUCGUCUGGACCCCUACGACCCACCAUCCUCCAUACAGGCCCUGGCCUCCAGCCCCUGUCUGUGGGGGGAUGAGGCAGUGUGGACCCUGGACGACCACACCAACACCCUGCAGCUGUACCACGCUGCCACCUACCAGCUCUGUGCCACGUACAGCUGUGGAGAUGCCAACCCUCUCCGGGACGUGUUCACUGUACAGCGACCUGCAGGGGUUACCAUGGCUACUAGUCCUGACCUUGACUCAAAGAGGAAGAGUCUAGAUGAGGAGGAGGAGGAAUGUCCUAACGACAAAGUGACGCUGAUCUACAGCGAGGAGGCGGGAACUCAGAUCAUCCAGCACCAGGAUUCGCUGACUGACUACUGCUCCAUCUCUUCUGACUCCACCCCUUCGCUGGGAUUUGACCGAUCCGGCCCCUUGUCAGAGCCGCUGGGAUUGGACAGAUCCAGUUCCUGCGCGCUCAGCUCAUUGGCUAGUUCCAGCAGUAUGCCUUUUUCCACUGAGGAGGAAGAGAGGCCUCAGGACCAACCAGACGACCCUGACCCUGUGGUGAACUCUGACCCCACCACAACCUUUACCACCACUCCCCCCCACCUGCAGGCCCUCACUGUGCUGGCUGUCAAUGGAACCCUUUGGAUCCCCAGGAGUGGUGGUGACGUGAUGGUGAUCGAGGUCCAGCGGCAGACAGGACAGCUCAGGGGGCGUGUCAUCGCUGUGCUCUGCCCCCCCGGAACUUCCUCUUACGGGACCCUGGAGGAGGCCGCACUGGUGGCAAAGGACACGGUUGUGUGUGGCUUUCGCAACGAAAAUAGGGCCUGGUGCCUGUGUGUCUGGCGGGGCUGGGGCCCCCGUGAGCUAGAGGUCUUCUACCAGUCCUAUGAGGAGCUGGGGAGGCUGGAGACCAGCAUGAGGAAAAGAAGGUAGCCGUUGUACGGCACCGGCCGUGGUGUCCCAGGCAGAGUCUAGCAGUCACAGAAUCAUAGCUCUCUGUCUGUCUCUGUGUGUGAGAGAGAGAGAACACAUUCACAGGCCCCCAGUGUUCAGAGCAGGGGGCCGCGGAGCUCUGACAUCAGAGUGACAAGGAGGGGUGAGGGAGAUGGUGAAGCAAAAGAGAGGACAGGAGAGAUUGGGAUAUGUUGAGAGGAGACUCAGGGAUGGGGCGGGGGCUCAUCCUGUUAUAGCUUGGGCCCAAACCCCCAUGGACUAGGUCAAAACCCCCGUGUGCCCCCAACACACCCCACACUUCCCCCUCUGGAGCACCACUAAGAUGGAUUGACUAUCAGUUAAACCUGAGCCUGAAGAUAGAAGGGACUAGGGUUGCAAUUUUCCGGUAACUACCAAAAAUGCCAGGUUUUCCAGAAAUCCAGUUGGAAGACUCCUGAAAUCAGGAUUAAGCAGGAAAACCAGAAUCUACCAACCAGGAUUUCUGGAGAACCUGGGGAUUUUGGGAAGGUUACUGGAGUUCUGCAACCAUAAAACAGACGGUAGGACAAAACGGGCCGUAAAGACACGUGUCCCAGAUCUACUGAACACAGAGUGUACUCACUUCACAGGACAGUGGAACGUAACACUCAACUGAGUUGUGUGUGUGAGAUAUAUGAGUAAACAACACCGUAAGCAGUUCUGUUUCCUCAUGGGGCGGCAGGGUAGCCUAGUGGUUAGAGCUUUGGACUAGUAACCGAAAGGUUGCAAGUUCAAAUCCCCGAGCUGACAAGGUACAAAUCUGUCGUUCUGCCCCUGAACAGGCAGUUAACCCACUGUUCCUAGGCCGUCAUUGAAAAUAAGAAUUUGUUCUUAACUGACUUGCCUAGUUAAAUAAAGGUUAAAAAAAUAAGCCAUCUCCCAACAGACCAAGGACACAGCAGAAAGGACUCACCCCUGCCCUGCAGUAUAGAGACUGGGACUGUCUCUAAACCAAUGACACUCUCCUAUACCAAUCUCUCACACUAGCUCAGAUAGACAUUAGAUGAAGGGUUUCUGCUGCUGGGCUAAACUCUGACUUGUGCAUUUAACAAGUAACAAGACUGUAGACAGAAGUCAGGGUUAACUAUGUGUAGGAGUUUGCCCUUCGGUUUGAUGCCCGUCAGUUUUACUUCCAGUGUUGGCGCUUGAAGUUGCCAGUACUAUAUUGUGUAUUGAGGAUGCAUCCCAAAUGGCACCCUAUUCCCUACAUAGUGCACUAUGGGCCCUGGCCAAAAGUAGUGCACUAAGUAGGGUUCCAUUUGGGACAUCCAGUGUGUUGAUACCAACAUGGGAGGGUUUCCUAACUUCACUGCUGUGUCAGUGAGAUGGUGUUCAUUUAUGGUGUAAUAUGUUCAAAUCCUCUUCAGUGUAAAUAUACUGUAUUGUGUAUAUACUGUACGACCAUGAAUAAACUUCUUCUAAUAGUAGAA